UCUAGCAGACAGCUGCUCGGGAUACAGGUCGCUGCCUGGAUGACGUUUGAGAUUUUGUCGAAAACACCAUGAUGACUUUAAUUCAAAUAGCUUUAUUUUGGGAGAAGAGUUCGUCGUUGUCGUUAAUUAAUCAGCAAUAGGAGCAGAUAUUAGCGUUUUAAACACCGUUUAUCUGCUCACAGCUGAGACCAGACGCAGUGCUCUUGUGUAGGGACGAGGAUGCAGUUUGGGACUGAGCCAUGACAGCCUGAUUUCCCAGGUGUCUUUGCUGCACUGGGUAGAGGGGCAGAAUGAGCGGGGCGGCGCUGGCCAUCGAGAUUGUGGUCGUCUUCUUUCUGGCUCUUUUCCUCCUGCAUCGGUAUGGAGACUUUAAGAAGCAGCAGCGUAUGGUCCUGUUCAGCACGCUGCUCGCCUGGUACCUGUGCUUCCUCAUCGUCUUCAUCCUCCCUCUGGACGUCAGCACGACAAUAUACAGACAGUGUGUAAGUAGCCAUCAGACACCCACUCCAGGACCUCAGAUCUCCAACCAGACGACAGGAAAUGCAACUGUUGCACCCACUAUUAGCAUUGCAACGGUGUGUCACAAGCCAUGGAGCUACAUUCCUGAUGGCAUCAUGCCUGUCUUCUGGAGGGUUGUGUACUGGACCUCACAAUGUCUUACAUGGCUUCUUCUGCCCUUUAUGCAGUCGUAUGCCCGCUCUGGAGGCUUCUCCAUCACAGGCAAAAUAAAGACCGCUCUCAUCGAGAACGCCAUCUACUACGGCACCUACCUGUUUAUAUUCGGCUCCCUGCUCAUCUACGUAGCUGUACAUCCUCAGUGGAGUCUGUCCUGGUACGAGCUGCAGACGAUCGGCAUCACAGCGGCCAACACGUGGGGUCUGUUCCUGCUGGUGCUGCUGAUGGGCUAUGGCCUGGUGGAAAUCCCACGCUCUUACUGGGAAGCUUCUAAACAAGGACACCUGCUCAUCAAGACUUACUUCAAAGCAGCUAAGCUGAUGACGGAGAAAGCAGACGCAGAGGAGAACCUGGAGGACGUCAUAGAGGAAGUGAGGAAGGUCAAUGAGUCUAUCAAGUAUAAUCACCCCUUCAGGAAGUAUGUCGACACGAUCCUCAGAAAGUGCCCUGUUGAAUAUCAGGAGAAGAUGGGCAGGAAUAUGGAUGACUAUGAAGAUUUUGAUGAUAAACAGAACACGUAUCCCAGUGAAAGGAGUUUGGUGAAGCUUCACAAGCAGGUGAUUUACGCUGUGCAGAGACACAAUCGUACACAGGUACAGUGGCAGAUUCUUCUCGAUCAAGCCUUUCACCUGGAAGACGUGGCGAAAAAUGAGACCAGCUCAUCUCACCAGUUCAUCCACAGCUUUGCACCAACAGAACCUGCAAGUUGGUUCAACCGCUACAUCUACACACCCACUGUAGAGUGGUAUUGGGAAUGUUUCCUGAAGAAAUGGUUUUAUCGGGUGUUGGCCGUCGUCCUGUCCCUCUUCUCCGUGGCAGUGGUCUGGUCUGAGUGCACCUUCUUCAGUACUCGUCCUGUCCUCUCUCUCUUUGCUGUGUUUAUCCAGCUCGCAGAACGAGAUUACAACUACCUGUACAUCGAGAUGGCAUGUUUCAUCACAAUCUUCUUCCUGUGCACUUGCGUCUACUCCACUGUGUUUCGAAUCCGUGUCUUCAACUACUACUACCUGGCCUCACACCAUCAGACAGACGCCUACAGCCUUCAGUUCAGCGGCAUGCUUUUUUGCCGUUUGACUCCGCCCCUCUGCCUGAACUUCCUUGGCCUGAUCCACAUGGACUCGGCUAUCUCUCACCAGGCAAAAGAGCAGACAGCCUACACUUCAAUCAUGGGGUCAAUGCGUGUCCUGUCCUUUAUCGCCAACGGAUUUUACAUCUACUAUCCCAUGCUGAUAGUCAUCCUCUGCAUUGCCACGUACUUCAGCCUUGGUACCCGCUGUCUGAACCUCCUGGGCUUCCAGCAGUUUAUGGGAGAUAGUGAGAUGACCUCUGACCUGAUCGAUGAAGGCAGGGAGUUACUGCGCAGAGAGAGAAGAAAACGGCAAAGGAUAGAGGACGGGGAGAACAGAAGAAGAGAGUGGCGAGAGCGCUACAGCCAUCAGAGAGAUGAAGCAGGGGCUAGAAACAGGGCAUCUGCCUCUGAAAUGAAGGAAACUAAUUACGCUGACACACUCAGCUCCAACUCAAACAGACAGGCUAAGUACUCUCGCGGUGGAGGCACUCGCUCUGAGAGAGACCGCAUAGAGCUCCUGCAGGACGCCGAGCCUCUGGACUUCAAUGCAGAAACAGUCAGUGACGACCCGCUGGAGUCCAACAGGCACACAGGAGGACGGUAUCUCUCCAUGUCCUCUUCACAGAGCAGAAUCUUCGAUGAUGUGUGAAGACAUUUCGGCAGGAGAAGAGCAGAAAGGAGGCUGGAGUUAUCUUCUGCUCAAUCUAACGUCGCGUAAGGAGAUAUUAUUGGACUUCGUGUCCUUCAUGAAUGUAGAAUGUUACAUUAUGCUGGGAAUGCACAACAAUAAUGGGUACUCAUGUUGUAUCCUUGAAUGGAGAGUAUGCAUCUACUAAAAACCCUGUUCCAAUACUGUUUAAAUGCUCCUUCGUCGACUUCCCCUAUCUUUCUCCUUGGAUGAACGUUAAGGGUUCAUCUAUUACUUAUUUAUUAUUAAUUAUAAGACUUAAGGAGCAGGAACUUACCCAGAAGGCAUUGUGAUCUGAUCUUUUCAGACAACAAAAAUUGGCAGAAGAAGGUGUUUCUAUAAAAGUAAACAGGAGUAAUGAAGUAAUACCUAUUAUUUAUUUAUGUUACUGUCUGCUAGUUCGCUUGGUAGCUAGUUGGCUCUGUAUAUAGUUCUAAGGAAACUGUGCAAAUAGCUGCAGAAAUCAGUCAGUCAUUCGCAAAACAUUUGUUAUACUGUGGUGCAGAAUGAAUGGCUAUGUAAUGACGUUAGUUUAUUUGUGUUCAUAGUUGCUUCAUAGUUCCUCAAUCUAAAGAGAUUUGAUUAGCCUUGACCCUCCUCAGGUGGUGGAUGUUAUAGGGAGAGCUAGAGGGUGGGAAUGUGCAAAAAUAUCCACAGCACUACAGCAUUGAUUUAAAUCACCAUGAGCUAUGUAUGAUUCAUUAAUUCUGCAUGAACCUCUCAGAUUUGGAGUGGGGUGGCAGUGGGGGUGGGCACUCCCUGUUAUACCCGCCUCCUGUUGUGUGAUGUAGGUGUUACACACUUCCGAGUCAGCAAGGGCAUUUAAAACAGUAGUGAAACAACUGUUUUUUUUUUUCUCUUAAAUGCUGCAUGUCAAAACUGGAUUUUUCUUCUCUUUGCAUACAGAGAAGCUCUUUUUUUUUCAGCUGGUCAGUUACUGUAUAAACUUGAAUGACCGGAGCAUUGAGUCACCCCAGGCAUGGUGCAAUUAAUACUGAAAUAUCUACAAGAACUUUAUCGUGAUUGCAUUCCUUUUACUGCUAAUAUCUAGAGGUGCCAACAUCUACGAUUUAGCCGUAGCAUUUAUGAUCACAGGCUUACCGAAACUGAAUGCUUGAAACUUGGAUAAACGUUGCCUGGUUGUAGCCUCAAGUUUCGGCAUGUUGUGCAUUCUGAGAUGCAUUUCUGCUCACCACGGUUGUAAAGAGUGGUUAUUUGCGUUACCAUAAUCUUCCUGUCGGCUCCAAUCAGUCUGGCCCUCAACAACAAGGCAUUUCCACUUGCAGAACUGCAGCUCACUGGAUGUUUUUUGUUUUUCACACCACUCCAGGACUGUUGUGUGUGAAAAUCCCAGGAGAUCAACAGUUUCUGAAAUACUCAAAGCAGCCUGUCUGGCACCAACAACCAUGCCACGGUCACUGAGGUCACAUUUUUUCCCCAUUCUGGUGUUUGAUAUGAACAUUACCUGAAGCUCUUGCACCUGUAUUUGCAUGAUUUUAUACAAUGCACUGCUGUCACAUGAUUGGCUGGCGUACAGGUGUUCCUAGUAAAGUGGCUGAUAAGCGUACAUUGAAAAUGAACUGUUAUGAUUUUUUUUUUUUUUUUUAAAUACUGUUUACUGCAUUUUACUCCCUUUGGGUUGCCAGGUCUACUUCUGAUAGCAUUACAUUUGCUUUGCCACGACUUUAUCUAGGUGAAUUCACAAGUCUCACAUUAUAGAUAAUCUGUAAUUUGUCCCAGAUGUACAUUUUUGACAUAUUAUAAAAAUAUAUAUAUACAGAGUUUGAGUUCUUAGGUGAGAUUUGUUGGGUUGAAAGGUUUGGUGUCUUCAGCAGAAAAUAAACUGGAAUAAAGUUUGGAGUUAUCUCACAUGAAAAGAGGUUGAGAGUGGACCUUCUGGGGAGGAAAUCUAUAUUUAAGGAAGUACAAAACUCUACAUUGUGAAGUAUGUUUAAUAUUCCGUCCAUAUAAAAGAUUUAUUUAAAGCCUACGUAUGCCGGCACACAUGCACGUACAGUAAUUAAAUCUAAUAUUUAUUCUCAUUAAAUGACUUGCUAAGUAAAUGUGAGUUUAUUUAUUUUUGUGCACAGUGCAGACGGGCUUGUGGCCAGGGUGAAACUCCAAAAUUAACUUUGCCAGGUGCAGAGUUAAAAGGAGAACCACACACUAUUAUGGUUUUUUCUGUUAUCAGUUAAAAUAGGAAAGACAUGAUAUUGUUUAAUGAGUGCAUAAUGAUGGUAUUUAAUGUCAAUGUUUGUCCCAGUUUUUCUUUCUUUUAAUAUGAUUUUGAUGUAUAAAUUUGUUUGACAUACUGGAUCUUGCUUGUUUGGUCAGAACAGCGAUAAAGUGACCUUAUUUUCUAUAAUGAUGUGUCAUGAGAAAAAAGAAGGAUUAUGUUACCUGCCAUUCAUCACUACACUGCCAUCCUGAAUGCAAGAGAAAUUCAGACUACUGUGGCUUUUUCUUUUUAGUAAUACAUGAUACAUAAUAAUUAAUGAUCAAUAGCAUUGUUUUCAGUGUCACAUGUGAAGUGUGUAAAGCUGAUUUAAUUCUUUAGUUUUAUAGUCACUUGUGUGUUUUUGUUGUUGUUGUUGUUAUUUCUUAAUCAUCAUUGCUUAAUCAUUAAUGACAGUCAGCAUGAGGUUACAGAAGAUUGCUGAAGUCAUGCACAAGCAUGAAUAUUACCUCAAUUUCAUCAAUUACAUUCAGUGUAAAUAUUCAGCUUUAUUGUUGAAUCUUUCAGCAAGGACUCUGGGCAACUUUCUAAGAUCUCAAUGUAUAUGUAAAUACAAAUUUAAAAAAGAAUAAUGAAGUGUAAUAUGUUAUCACAGCAUUCACGUUUACCGGAUCUUUUUCUUGUUUCACUCCUUAAAGGACUAGUUCAGUGAAAAUACAGAUUCACGCAAUUUUCCCCUUAACCAAAUGUAAGCCAUCGACUUAAACAUGUUGAGUUUUGCACUAGAUCUGAAACCCUCAAAGCCACUGUUUUGGUUAACAAGUAAUGGACGUCUCUCACUCAAAAUGUUUGUGUCAAACCAGAACCAGUUCUUCAGUGAUAUCGUUCAGGUACCACUGUGUCCUUAACCACAUGUUCACACUAUCAAGACAGAGUUCUUUUAUGCAUGUGCACAGCAAAUGAUAUUUUAACUGACAUUUUCUCAAUUCUACGCAAAUCAGUUGUGAUGAGGUAAAACAAUAAAUUCAAACAACUGAACAAUGAACAAUUCCUCGGACCAAUCAUGGCGUGUGUGGUCCAACUUUCCUUAAGUUCCCCAUUCUCAACCUUAGUUCCUAUUUGCAAUUAAUUCCUAUGUACUGUGAUGUACUUAUAACCAUGUUUUCAUCUUAUCCUGUCAUAUAUGACCAUUCAUUAAAUGUGUAGAUAUAUUACGAAGAUGUCAUAUAAAAAAAAAUAAAAAAUUCCUCCUUUUUGCUACUUUGCUACAUGUGCACGGGAGACAAACUACAAGCAAAACAAGCAACUUACCGCUUUCUGUUGGGUUACUGUCAUUUAUAAAUGACAUUAUAAAAUAAUACAAUUUACUGCAUUUUGGUAUCUUUCCCCCUCCAGGCCCCUGCUUCCCAAAGAUUGAAAGCAGCAUUGUACUAAAAGCUGGAAGUUAUACAGAUGAUAGUAUAGCUCCAGUUCCUCAUAAUCAUAUUUAAAAACAAGAUUAAAUAAUUUAGCAAUGUUGUAUUAAGCAUUACUUGUUAGACACCAAACUAUGGCACUUUGCUUAAAGAGAAAUUGUUUUUUCACUCUACUACUCCUUUAACUCCUUUAAUACAAUGGUUCACUGUAUAUUUAUGAAGAUGAUUAUUGGUUUCUUACAGAAUCAAUAAGACAAGGAUAAUGUCAGUGUUUGAUUUAGUGUGCAAUGUGAGUUCAAGGUCACAUGUCCUUCUGAUGCUGGAUUGUUGUGAUUUGUUACCUGGUGUUGGUCCUCAGUGUUCUUCACUAGUGGUACACUCUGUGGAAAUACACUUGUUAUAAUACACUCAGUUAGACUAUAUUGAAAUUGCCAAUAAAAGCUCAAAUAAAAUCUCACA